AUGGCUAAGGCUGUGGAGGAUGAUGCCCCUCUACUGGCAACGUCGACGCCAUUACCACAGAUUGGCGAGGCGACUUUCGACCACUUGGCUCUGCUACGUCACACACCUCCAACGGCAUUGAACCGUUUGGAGCCAGCGUCGCAGCCUCACUCUGACCACAAUUCUGUCCUUGGGCCCACCAAGAGAAAGUAUCAAAGGAUAUCCGUGGUGGACCCUGCGCAGAAUCUCAUUGCGCUUCGGUGGUACGGAAAGGAUGCAGAGGCCGUUGCAAAAGCAAAGAGUGCUUUCGAGAACAUGCUGGCUGGUGAUGUGUCAAUGAACGGAGAUUUUGGAAAGGGAGAAGAGGAAGAAAGUCCUGCAACUCUGCGCAACAUAGAGACAAGUCGCGCGUCGAGGUUCUCGAGCACCUUCUCGAAAAAUUGGAAACGGGAGAGCUUAGCUCUUGUCCGGCAGUCAGAAGCUGCGUGCGAGCUCCUUGGAGCACGCGUUGAAGAAUUAGACGAGCAGGUUCAAGAACAAAGUCGACAGGAAGACUUCCUCCUGGAGCGUUUGUACUACUGGCGCCAGAGAUUUAGUGACCUGGAGAAGUCGAAGCAGUACGAGGAGCGGCGACUUCAGAAUCUUAUCAAUGAUCUCAAGGACAAAUACAUGGGGGAACAGAUGUACCGAUUGAUAAAUGAGAACGAGAUCUUUCAGAAUACUAUCAGGAACAAAACCCGAGAGAUCAACGGGAUGAGGUGGGUUCGCGGCUUUGCAGAAGAUGAUGGCCCGCAGUCAGCAGCAACCAAGGAGACCAAAGAGCCAAAAUCGAACGACGACCCGACCCCAUACUGGCUUACUCACAAUCAUCCACAGGACUGGUAUGGCAUCGCGUUAGAGGCAUCACGUCCAUCAGAAGAUUUGAGCUCACGCUCGCGGUCUUGGUAUAGUAUGCCUCAUGAAGAAGCUUCCAAGCAACCAUCGCCAGAGCCACAGUCUCCCGAGUCUCUUCAAUUCGGUCCCUGCCCACCCGACCACCAUGGUCCGGAACUCCACCACAUUCCAAGUGAGGGGCUGGUUGUUUGA